AUGACCAAACAAUCACAAGUCACCCCGUCUUUCGAUCAUGGCACGGCGUUGCCACCAAAUUAUCGCAUCGACAAUUUAUCAUCGAUGAGCUUCAAAGAUCUUCUGGAUUUGAAAACCGCAGUGCAAAAUGAGCUCUUCAGGCUUGGUGCAUUGUUGAAAGACCAGAAUGUCACGAUGGAUACUUCGAUACUCACUGCUGAUGGGUAUCCUCGUGGAGACAUCGAUAUUGUUGCCAUUAGGCAUUUAAGGAACCGUAUUAUAAUGUUGCGCAAUGAUUUCGAUAAGAUCAUUGAUCAAUUGGAUAAAACCAUGACCCAGCAAUUCCAGAAUAAUGAUGAUACCAAUGGAAGUGUUUCUCUUCAUGGGUUGAAAAUCGCCGAUAAUAAUAAUAAUAAAGAGACUCUACAGCCCUUCAUGGUGAUACAAGACAUCUUACCACAAUCUCCGGUAUUCCAAGGGAGCUUCCAAGUUGAUGAUAAAAUUGUUGAGUUUGAUACGCUUACUUAUGAAAAUACCAGUCAUCUUACGGGACAAAAGAACGCGAAACUCUUCGAGGUUGCCAGAUUGGUGAAAGCAAAACAGAAUCAGUCACUUGGGGUUACGGUAUUACGAUACGAUCCAACAAUCAAAGAUUACAAACUUUUGGAAUUGAAAUUGAUCCCCCAUUCUAAUUGGAACGGCCUUGGUUUAUUAGGAUGCAAACUAGUACAAAUAUGA